UUUGGUUCAGUUUAUCACGAAUUGUCAUCGCAUGUAGAGCAUUUUGUUCCUCCUACCUUGGGCGAAGUGUCAGAUUAACUAAUAUAUAAUUAUCGUGGACGUGUUAUAACAUCAUGUGUUUAUACAAAACUUGCUUAGUGUAAUAAAUGUUUAUUUAUCAUGCAACUUCUGAAGGAGUGAUAUCGUUUGGAAUGGACUAAUAUGUGGAAUUGAUGAUAUAAGCAAUACAUGUACCGCUUCAAAAUGAAUUAUCAGAUUUUGAUCCCACUGGUAUGCAUAUUCAUCACACUUGUUUCAUCGGUAAGAAUUCCACCAAAUCCCUGUCCACAAAUUUUCUCAUAUUACAAGGACAGAAGUGGUCAGCUAUACGGAGAAGCCAUCAUUCCUUACGAUAGAAGUACAACAAUGCAGUUCAGUGUCAAUGCAUCUUUAGCAGCACUUUUCCAAAAAGCCGAAUUGAGGUUAGUUUUGGUUACCACUUUGAAUGAGCUUCAAAGGGCAGAAAGAGUAGUCUACAACGUCUUCUUUCCCUCUCAAGAAAUUAUCCCAAAAAUUACACAAAUUACCUAUAAUGGAAACGUUUUGUGCAGAGGACCACCAGAACCUUUGAUACCAGGAAUUUCAGGUAUUACCAAUAUUUGGUAUACAACCAUUUUUAAAUACACCAGAAGACCAUUCAUCCCUACCACAAACCAAGUUAACGAGGAUCUAGGUACAUCAGAUGCUGAUAUACCAGUGAAAGAUCCAGGUUUUCAAAUGCCUUCCAGAAUUCCGAAUAUUCCAAGACCUGUUCAAAAUCCGAAUGUAAUAGGACCGGUCGAGAUUCCAAGACCUGUUCAAAAUCCGAAUAUAAUAAGACCUGACGAGUUUUCAAGACCUGCUCAGAAUCCAAAUAGUUUGCAACCUGUCCUAAUUGCUCCUAUUCCGUCGGUAGACUCUCAUGCUGAGCCAGAAUCUAUGAAGGACCCUAAGCCCAAUACUCUCAGGCCGAUAGAAAAUGAAUUUCUCAACCCGGUUACCCAAGCGCCAAUAAAAACAAACAAAGAUUUCCAAUGUGGAAUAUCAAACAGCUUGGUUGUACCCCUGAUCUUAGGAGGUUCGAAUGUUGAAGAAGGCGAGUAUCCUUGGCUGACGGCCCUUUUUGCUCUAAGUGGAGAUGGAAAUUAUGAAUAUAAGUGUUCAGCAACUCUCAUAUCUGAGAAACAUGUGAUAACAGCUGGUCGUUGUGUACAAUACUAUAAAAUUCAAGUGGUGAAGACGGAGGAUAUUUUAUUGGUAAUGGGUACCAGUGACUUGAAACAGUGGUCCUCUAAUGGGGCUAUCACAAGGAAAGCUAGAACUGUAGAUACUCAUCCUGAUUUUAAGAAAAAUCCAAAUUCAGCUCAUGCAGAUUUAUCUGUCAUAACUAUGGAUGUACCCGUCAAAUUCUCCAACGUUUUGAAACCAGUUUGCCUAUGGAAAGGCGACACUGACUUGUAUCCAAUUACCAAUAUGAUGGGCACUAUAACUGGCUUCGGCCAAGAUGAAGAUGCCCAGAAAAAUGGAGACUUACAUGUCAUCAAAGCUAGACACACUGAAAUACCCAUCGUGUCACAAUACGAUUGUCUUCUAUCGAGCAUAGCCUUUAACGGUAUCACUUCAGAUAAGACGUUCUGUGCAGGAGGAAAAGGUAGCGGCCCCUGUAUUGGCGAUAGUGGAGCUGGAUUAGUCCUCCCCAUAGAUGGUGUUUACUAUUUACGAGGAAUAGCAUCCCUUUCAUCUGGAAAAAAUGGAACCUGUGAUUAUCAGGAUAAAUAUGCAGUUUUUUGCGAUGUAGCCAAAUUCAUGGACUGGGUUAAGUCUUGUAUGACUAACUGAUUCAAUAGAAUUAUAGAUGAACUUUUUUACUA